UUAACAAGCCCUCAAAUAUAUCAAAAGUAGCAAAAAGAAAAAAGAAAAAAGGAAAAAAAAAAGAUCUUGCCUUCUUCGUCGCGAUUGGGGGCAAGAAUUAUCACGCAUCACUGCUGGAGGAACUUCUAGCUUGAUAUAAUGACGAUGACAUUGGAAGGUUAGCUGGGCUUGCGUUUAUGUUCUCAUCUAGCAUCUUGCUACAGAUUUUGGCUUGUGCACUAUACAACAAUUGGUGGCCUUUGUUAUCAGCAUUGAUGUACGUGCUUGUUCCGAUGCCUUGUUUAUUUUUUGGAGGUGGGUCCACACAGUUUCUGAUUAGCCGAGAUGGUGGAGGAUGGAUAGGUGCUGCUAAGUUCUUGACGGGCGCAUCAACUGUUGGGAGUUUGGCAAUUCCUAUUAUCCUCAGGCAUGCACAUAUGAUCGACACUGGAGCCAUGUUCAUAGAAUUCGUUUCCUUCUUCAUAUUUGUUUGCACUGUGUUGUGCUUCCAUCGUGUUAGCCUUGAAGAUGAUUGGUGAUGAUUCCAGAAUGAUACAGUGAAGCAUAUAAGUGGUGAUGAUUAUAAAAACUUCGCAUGCUAAAAAUUUUAAUCAUCAUCUUUUGAACAGUUGAUACGAGACGUUGUAUAACAAGAAGAACUUGCACAGGGGAAAGGAAACCGAGUUCGAAGUUUCUCAUUUGUAAAUCAAUCUAAAAUGUAUGAUAAUAGUUAUCCUUUUUAUCUUCUUUUCUUGUUAUGUCCAACGAAAUUUGUGUAAGGGAAAGGAUUAGUAAUACUAAUUUUAGGCUGAGUUUGGAUUGCAAUAGUUCAAA